AAAGCCAACAACCAACCAUGUCAAACCAAAGCCAGGUAAAUUCUGCAGCGAUACUGGAUCAGAUGAAGCUCCAACUCGCCACAGACGCUGGUAAAGAGCUCAGCAAGAAGAUCGGCUACGUCUAUCAGAUCAACAUCGCCCCCAAGAAAAUUGGAACCGAUGAGGAGAUUUAUGUCGUUGACCUUAAGAAAGGAGAGGUAACUAAAGGUCCUUACGAAGGCAAGCCUGAUGCCACGUUUUCCUUCAAGGAUGCUGAUUUCGUCAAGAUUGCCACAGGGAAGAUGAAACCACAGGUGGCUUUCAUGAGGGGAGCCAUGAAGAUUAAAGGUAGUCUGACCGCUGCCCAGAAGUUCCAUCCUGACGUUUUCCUAAAGCAGUCCAAGCUGUGAGCAGACUCUGGGAUCUUCUUGUAUGGAUUUUUCAUUUAAAACAUU